CCUGGCGCUUUGAUGCACACGUGGGGAAACAAAAUGGCGGAUGAUGAGAGUGGGCCAUCCAAGGCUCACAGAAAGCGGCAUUCCGGCCCGAAAGCCGAUAAAAAGAAGAAGCGAAGUGAUGGAAAAGAUACAUCUAUUGCUCAUCGAAACCCUAAAGCGUUUGCAGUACAAUCGGUUGUGAAGGCAGCAAGGAAUUUUCGCCGAACGCAGGACGUGCAAACGAAGAAGCAUCACAUUCCUGUAGUAGAUCGAACCCCUCUUGAGCCGCCACCGGUUGUUGUAGCUGUUGUGGGGCCUCCAAAAGUCGGCAAGACCACGCUUAUAAACUCGCUUCUGAAGAAUUUUACCAGGCAACAUUUAUCAGAUAUCCAGGGACCAGUCACGCUCGUCUCUGGGAAAAAGAGGAGGCUUACUCUUUUAGAGUGUGCGAAUGAUAUAAAUUCCAUGAUUGACGUUGCCAAGGUUGCAGAUUUGGUUUUGCUCCUAAUAGAUGCCAGUUUUGGGUUUGAGAUGGAAGUAUUUGAAUUCCUGAACAUCUGUCAAGUCCAUGGCUUCCCCAAGAUCAUGGGAGUCCUUACACAUUUGGACCUGCUAAGGAACAACAAGUCACUUAGAAAGAUAAAAAAGAGACUGAAGAACAGAUUUUGGACAGAAGUCUAUCAGGGUGCAAAGCUAUUUAAUCUAUCUGGCUUAAUCCAUGGGUCGUAUCCAAAAGUGGAGGUUCAUAACCUUGGUAGAUUUAUCUCUGUCAUGAGAUUCAGGCCCCUGACCUGGCGCACAUCCCACCCUUACAUACUGGCAGAUCGAAUGGAAGAUCUUACAGAUCCUGAAAAAGUGCGCCAGGACUCAAAAUGCGACAGGAAAGUGUCUCUAUAUGGAUAUGUCAGGGGGGCCCACCUGAAGUACAACACAAAAGUUCAUCUCAUUGGGUGUGGGGACUUUCCCCUUGAUGAUGUGAGCUUGCUGAGAGAUCCAUGCCCUCUCCCUGAUAAAGAAAAGAAGAGGUCCUUGAAUGAGAAGGAGAAGCUGUUGUAUGCCCCCAUGUCCGGUGUAGGAGGCAUUGUGUAUGACAAGGAUGCUGUCUACAUUGAUCUGGGGGGAAGUCAUUCAAGCCGUGCCCAGCCAGUUGAGGAUGAUGAAGAGAAUGGGACAAGACCUGGCAGUGAAUUGGUUACUUCAUUGAUUGACACCAAGCAUACCCUUGACACUAAAAUGGCUUCCAGUCAACUAACCUUAUUCAAGGAUAGUGCACCUGUUGGGGUAGAGGAUAUUUCAGAAGCAUUCCCUGAGCAGGAAGUUGUGAAGGGCCCCGAUGGUAGGACAAGAAGAAGGGCCAUCUUCCAUGACAGUGACGAUGCGGAGAGUGGAGAUGAUUGCGACUCAGAAGAUGAUGGAGAUGAUGAUGAUGAUGGUCUGUCAGGUGAGGAAGAAAAAAAUGAAAGAGAAAGUGAUGAAGAUGUUGAGAGUAAUAAUAAUGAAGAUGAAGAUAUUCAAGAAGUAGAAGAUGAUAAUGAAGGCAAAGAAAAUGAUGGUGGUGAAAGUGAUGAAGAAAAUGAUGAUGAUGAUGAAGAUGGUGAUGAUGAAGGUGAUGAUGAUGAUAGAAAUGUGAUAGAUUUAAAGCAUAUGGUCAAAAGCAAUAAAGAGUCUCUUAGCAAUGGAUCAACUUUGGAUGACAGUAAUAGUGAUUCAGAAAUAGAAUUCAGAAAAAGAAAACGGAAAAAGAAAUUGAAAGUGGAUGACGCGAGUGGAAGCAAGAAAAUAAAAAAGGGGAAAGCAAAAGAGGUAGGACACACUGUUCCCAUAGCGACGGAUGUAAAUCCUGCAAAGAAAACAAAACGAAAGAAACCAAACUUGGACAUUAGUGACACAAGGAGAGUAAUCACUGAGAGAGACACACGCAAAGAAAAUAAAGAUAAAAACAAGAGGAAAAAAUCACAGGAUGCUGAUGAGGAAAGUGACGAGGUAAAUACUGGUGAUAGCAGCUCGAGUGAAGAGGAAGUAGAGAGUGGGUUGAAGGAUGCUGAUAUGGAUAGCGACCAUAACAAUAGUUGUUAUGAUGAAGAUUAUGAUGAUGAUGAUGUACAUAAUGAUGAUAGUGAGAAUGAUGAUGAUGAGAAUGACGAUGAUGAUGAUGAUGAUGACAUCAGUCGUGAGGAUAAUGAAGAAAAAGAAUCUGAUGGUGAUGAUGAUGGCGAUGAUGAUGAUGACAAUGACGAUGACGUUGACGGAAGAGAAGACACCAGACUAAGAUGGAAAGAAAAUCUCUGGGAGAAGGCGCGAGAAUCAUUCUAUAGACACCAGGACACAACACCGAACCUACGUAGACUGGUGUAUGGAGAAGCUGCACGUGAGACUCCCAGACCCGUGGACGACGAGGGCAGUGAUGACGGUGACGUAAUCGGAGGGUUCUUCAAGGUCAAGGCCAAAAAGAAAAAUAAAGUCCACGACAUGUUGCAGGAAAGGGACUGCUCCCUAGCAACCGAGGCUGGCACAGUGGGCCUGGGACUAGAGGAGUUGGGUGCCAGCAUCAGGGACUGUUUCGUGACAGGGAAAUGGAAGGAAGAAGAAGAUGCGGAGCGGUUACUAAGCCUGGAUGACCAGCUGUCAGACGAAGAGAUGUUUGGCGAUUUUGAGGAUUUGGAGACGGGAGAGGUUCACCAGGGAGAGGAGGACACUGGCCUUGAAGACUCUGCCAAGGAUACUGGCAAUGACAAACAAGACGAGGAAGAAAACAAGAAGGCUUUGAUCGAAAAGAAAAAGAAGCUGAAAGCGGCCUUCAAUGCCCAAUACGACGAAGGGGACGAGACAUCAUUUUACGAAGAACUGAAAGCCCAGAUGAGCGAGCAGACCCAGCUGAACCAGCGUGAGUUUGAAGACAUGGACGAUGAGACGCGGGUGCAGUACGAAGGUUUCAGACCAGGCAUGUACGUCAGACUUGAGAUUAACAACAUGCCAAGUGAAUUUGUCACCAAUUUUGACCCACGCUUCCCUGUUAUCCUAGGUGGCCUGCUAGCUAACGAGGAUACUCUCGGCUAUUCACAGGUACGUAUUAAGAAGCAUCGCUGGUUCAAGCGCAUCCUGAAAACACGUGACCCUCUAGUAGUGUCGGUGGGCUGGCGACGGUACCAGACUAUAGCACUAUACUCCAUGCAGGACCAUAAUGGCCGGCACCGCCUUCUCAAGUACACCCCGGAACAUCUUCACUGUAUCAGCACUAUGUAUGGCCCCAUAGCACCCCCUGGGACAGGUCUUCUAGCUGUGCAGUGUGUUUCGGGUAAUACGCCUGAUUUCCGUAUAGCGGCGACAGGAACCGUCCUUCAGUUGGACAAAUCAGUGGAGAUCGUCAAAAAGCUCAAGCUGACGGGGACGCCUUACAAGAUCUACAAAAACACGGCUUUUAUUAAGGGGAUGUUUAACUCGGCACUGGAGGUCGCCAAGUUUGAAGGGGCUACGAUCCGCAGUGUCAGCGGUAUCCGUGGACAAAUCAAGCGUGCGCUUAAGAGUCCUGAAGGCGGAUUCCGUGCGACCUUCGAGGACAAGUUAUUGAUUAGUGACAUUGUGUUUGUUCGAACCUGGUACCCAGUGACCGUACCUAAGUACUAUAAUCCAGUCACCACUCUGCUGCUACCAACCGAGCAGAAGACUGGGUGGGAGGGCAUGAAGACUGUGGGGCAGCUAAGGAAAGAUCAAGGUCUGAACGUACCGGUCAAACAGGAUUCCAUUUACAAGCCUGUUGAGAGGCAGACAAGAAGGUUCAACCCCCUGGUGAUCCCCAAAAAGCUACAGAAGGACCUGCCGUUCAAGUCCAAGCCAAAGGACGCCAAGAAGCGACAGAGACCUUCACUAGAAUCCAAACGCGCAGUGGUCAUGGAGCCACAAGAGAAAAAGGUUUACUCGCUGAUGCAACAACUAUACACGGCAAACAAAGAGAAGUUGCGCAAAAGGAAGGAAAAACUGGUGCAGAAGAGAAAGGUCCACCGCGCAGAGCAAGCAAAGAUCGACUCCAAACGACAAACGAAACGCCGAGAGGAGAGAAAGAAGGUCUUUCGCAUGAUGGCACAGGCAGAGAAACGAAAAAGUCGUACAGGGAAGAGAUAGAAUGGGCAGUGCGAUUGAGUAAUACCAAAUGUUUAGUGGGUCGCAUGAUUGCCCAGGCGAAGAAUUGAGAGAGUCAUGCAGGGUAGAGAUAGAAUGGGCAGUGCGAUUGAGUAAUACCGAAUGUUUAGUGGGUCGUGUGAUUGCCCAGGCGUAUAAUUGAAAGAGUCGUGCGGGGAAGAGAUAGAAUGGGCAGUGCGGUUGAGUAAUACAGAAUGUUUAGUGGGUCGCAUGAUUGCCCAGGCUAAGAAUUGAGAGAGUCAUGCAGCGAAGAGAUCGGAGGUGCAGUGCAGUACACUAAAUAUCGAUAGCCCGUUGAGUCGCAUAAUUGCCCUGGCGGAAAACGAAAGAGUCACGCUGCGAAGAGGUAAAAGAGACAGUGCAGUUGAUAAAAUACUGGAUUGCUAAGCGAAUCACAUGAUUGCACAGGCGGAGGAAUGAAAGAGCCGUAGAGAGAAGAGAUUUAAAAGGCAGAGCGAUAUACCAAUACGGAAUGCCUGAGGGCCGCGUGAUAGAUCAGGCGGAGAAAUGAAAGAACUAUAUAGCGAAGGUUAGCGAUAGAGUACGGAUGACAAGUGCAUUUAGGCAGUAUCACAGAUUCCCUUUUUUUUUCGGCCUUUUUUCGAUGCACUUGCAAAGCCAAUUUGACUUAAGCGAAAAAGUCUGUUUUUAAUUGACUGCAGAAUAGAUGUAAACAAUUUAAUUUGACAAAAAUGCGAUAGUAAAGUCACGAUAUGAAUGAGACAGACGUUUUCGAGGAACAGAAAUUGUAUUUUUUUAAGCGAAAGCGGAAAAAGUCCACCCCCUAGACAAGAGACCUUUAAUUACGAAGGGAAAUAGCCUCUAAAAGGCCGCUAAAGAAGAUGCGAAAUAUUGAUAGACAGCUUAUUAUUAAUUGGAACAGGUUUUAUUGAUUCAGUGAAGCAAGUACUUCUUCAUAAUUUUGGGAAAACGCGUGGAAGCUUUUGUAAAAAGCGAAUGAUAAUAAAUUUGUAUUAGAAACUCAAA